AAAAAAAGAAGAAGAAAUCAUUGGAUCUGACAUUUGGUGGUUAGAGGUCAAUCGUCAUAAUUUCAGAUUAUAAAUGCUAAAAGAAUCUGAAUAUAUAGAAUAGGGUCAAACUAUUUAUUACAACAUGCUGAUUUCGAGAGGCGUUGGGACUAUCAGAACCCUACAGAAGUUAUGCAAAAAUCAGACACAAAUACAGUAUAUUAGAAACUCUCAUGGUUGGAAUUAUCGAGUUGGACCACCUCCUCCGCCCAAAUUCAUCCAAGUAGGAGCUGAAAUUAUCCAAGGAUUUGCCUGGUGGUGGGUUUUGUGGCAUUUGUGGACCGAGCCAGGACACAUAUUUGGUGAAUUCGAGUAUCCUGAUCCUUCUAAGUGGACCGACGAGGAAUUAGGUAUACCAGCUUGUUAAAUUUUUUCACUUCAACGUAGUAUGUACAAAUAUGAAUGAUUAUACCAUCAUUGUGUA